UGCUUACCUGUCAUUUCCAAAUCUUAAAGCGAUUACAGAUUUCCAAUAGGUACCGCACUGGUUUGAACUAAAGGGACAUUUUGUAUUGACAAAAUGGAAUCGCCCGUGAAGAAAGGUUUCCUUAGACUGGAAAUACAGAAAACAACAUGGGAGGUUCCGGAGCAAUAUACCACACUGAAAGCUGUUGGCUCAGGUGCUUACGGGACAGUAUGUUCUGCUAUUGACCAGCAGACCAAGGAGAAGGUGGCCAUUAAGAAGCUCUAUCGUCCAUUUCAGUCCCUGAUCCAUGCUAAACGGGCCUACCGGGAACUACGACUGUUGCGCCACAUCCAGCAUGACAAUGUGAUCUGCCUCCUUAAUGUCUUCACACCUGAUUUCUCCCUGGAGAAAUUCCAGACAUUUUACAUGGUGAUGCCCUUCGUUGCUGAGGAUCUCGGUAGCAUCAUGAAGAGGAGGAGAUUGACUGAUCGCGUCAUCGUUUACCUCUUCUACCAGCUUCUAUGUGGCCUCAAGUAUAUCCAUUCUGCAGGGAUCAUCCAUCGGGACCUAAAACCUGGCAACCUAGCCGUGAACGAUAACUGUGAAUUGAAGAUCCUGGACUUUGGUCUAGCGAGACAUGCAGAGAGUGAGAUGACGGGCUAUGUGGUGACACGCUGGUACAGGUCACCAGAGGUCAUCUUCAACUGGAUGCACUAUAGCCAGUCAGUGGACUUGUGGUCAGCAGGCUGCAUCUUGGCUGAGAUGAUCACAGGCCAGGUUCUGUUCCCAGGCAAAGACAGCAUUGACCAGUUGAAGAAGAUCCUCCACGUAACAGGAACACCACCAUCCUCCCUGCUGCAGAAGAUGCAGAGCAAAGAUGCUCGUUCAUAUGUGCAGGGUCUCCCUAUCCAAAAAAAGAAAAACUUUAAGGAAGUCUUUCCCUCCUUGGAUGUAAAUGCGGUGGAUCUGCUGGACAGCAUACUGCUGCUGGACCCAGACACCAGGAUGACAGCUAAAGAGGGCCUCUCACACCCCUACCUCUCUGAGUUCCAUGAUCCAGAAUCUGAACCCGACUCCCCACCGUACGACGACUCCUUUGAAAGCAUGGAGCUUGACGUGGGAGAGUGGAGUAGUCUGAUCCACAUGGAGAUUAUGACUUUUGACCCCAGAAACCCCAGUGCCACUGCAAUGUAGCGGACAGACACAACAGAACACUGGCUCCCCCAUGGCUCCCCCAUGGCUCCCCCAUGGCUCCCCCAUGGCUCCCCCAUGGCUCCCCCAUGGCUCCAUCUUAUAAAAACCAUCACAUUUCACAACAUGGUUUCAUGACUUCAUGAAACAUGAUACUGGAAAAAGUUGCGCCAAAGGAGAUGGCUGUCUUUUUAUGAUCCCGUAACUGAUCCCGUAACUGAUCCCGUAACUGAUCCCGUAACUGAUCCCGUAACUGAUCCCGUAACUGAUCCCGUAACUGAUCCCGUAACUGAUCCCGUAACUGAUCCCGUAACUGAUCCCGUAACUGAUCCCGUAACUGAUCCCGUAACUGAUCCCGUAACUGAUCCCGUAACUGAUCCCGUAACUGAUCCCGUAACUGAUCUCGUAACUGAUCCCGUAACUGAUCCCGUAACUGAUCUCGUAACUGAUCCCGUAACUGAUUGUGCGAUUGUUUAAAAGCAUUGUUGGUUAAGGGCUUGUAAGUAAGCAUUUCAUAGUGUUGUAUUUGGCGCAUGUGACAAAUACAAUUUGAUUUGAUUUGGUAUGUCAUCAUUUUUAUGGAUCCCUCAUGUUUUAAGGGUAGGUCAUGGUUUUAACUUGUUUUAAGGUAUACGUUUUCAGAAUGCUUCGUAAAAAUGAAUAUGAAUGAUGUACAACCUUUUGAUAUAUUAGUAGUAUUAUCAUAUUAAAUAUAGUAACGUGGUAAUCAACCACACCAUUUGCAUGUUUAUCCAAUCUAUGUAUGAACAAUGUUUUUAUCAUGACUGAGUAAAACCUCAUACCUCAAAUCAAUCUCAUCUAUGAACACAUUUUCAUCUCUGACUCAAUUAGCAUUUUCCAAAAUUAAGCAUGUUUUGGUAUCUUAACUGAAAAAUGAUGUUUGAUGCCAGAAAACUACAUCUCAAUCACUAAAUCCACCUAGUGUACAGUAGACGGCACAUGUUCAGUGUAAUGUAUAAUGUUCUUAUGCUGACCUUUUUUUUGUUUUGUGAACAGAUUAGAUAGGUCAUCAUUUCAGUUCUGUUACAGCAAUGGUGUUAAGGUAAUAAGUCAAAAAUACUUUAAAGUACUACUUAAGUAAGUCAUUUUUGGGGGUAUCUGUACUUUGCUAUUUAUAUUUUUGACAACUUUUACCUUCACUACACUACAUUCCUAAAGAAAAUAAUGUACCUUUUAUUCCAUACAUUUUCCCUGACACCCAAAAGUACUUGUUAUAUUUAGAAUUUUCAGGCAGGACAGCAAUAUGGUCCAAUUCACGCGUCCAUCAAUAUAAUGCAUUGUCAUCCCUAAUGCCUCUGAUCUUACAGACUCACUGCAAAUACUGCAUUUGUAAAUUAUGUCUGAGUGUUGGAGUGCAUCCCCUGGCUGUCCGUCAAUUAAAAAAACAAGACAAUUGUGCCAUCUGGUCUGCUUAAUGCAAGUAUGAUGAUUGAGUACUUUUUUCACCAUUGUGUUACAGUAGAUGUAUGCGUGUGUUACGUUAAUUAAAGUUGUCUGCCUGUAUCCCACCUGCUGAAAUUGAAGUAGAUUAAAUACAUUUAAAUUGAAUCAGAUUUAAUUACAUUUUAAUUAAUACAGUACUACUGCUUUUGUCUGUAACGAUUCACUACCAUUCCAAAAAGAGGGCAAUAUGAAUGUUUGAUUGUAUUGUUUUGGGUGCUACGAAUGCUAUCCCAAUUUCCUCAGAAAACAUCCAUACAUGGUUGAUAUUUAUUUUAUAGUAAAGAGACGUAACACAUGUUCACACUAUCUAAUACUGUCAGAUUCAUUGUAAAUCCCAUUUAAAGGGACAGUUCAUCCAAAUUACAAAAUUAUAUUGUUUUCCUUACCCUGUCAGCAGUUAAUGGACAAGGUAUGACAGCAAUCAUGCUUUGUUCAUUUCUUUACCUGGUCACUGUUUCAAAUGCUAAGUUUUUAGCAUUUUUGGCUCAAAUCCAAUGCAAGUCAUUGGUACCUAUAUUAUAAUUGUUGCUCUUUAUGAACAUAUCAUCUAUAAGAAACUUCAAUGAGUUGCGAUACAUUUUUACAUGAUUCGGACAUGAAGAGUAAAAAUGCUAAUAUAGGUACCAUUAACUUGCAUUUCAUUUGUGCUACAAAUGCUAAAAAGAUACAUUUUGAAACAGUGGCCAGGUAAACAAAACCAAUGCAUGGAGUGCGGUCAUACCUUGUCCAUAGACUGCUUACACAGGGUAAGAAAACAAUGCCAUUUUGUAAUUUGGAUGAACUAUCCCUUUAAUAAUUUAGUGGUUAACUAGAUUAUAGUGAGGAUAAAUUCCUCAAUGUUGUGUUACAGGCCUUGACGAUGUGUCAUUACAUUUGGCUAUUUUGUGGUUUGAAAUCGAAUUCUUCACAAGUCAGCUCACACUUUGACAUUGCAAAGAGCCGUUCGCGUCUGAUUGCAUCUUGUUUUCCUGGUGGCUAAAAAUUCUAAUAGUUCCUUAAUUUCAGUUUAUGUGGCAAAACAAGAAAGAAUCGGGUGGAGAAUCAUUGUACCAUAUAAACCAAUGAAAUAUAUUUUCCAUAAACAAAUAUGUUGUAUUUUCAGCUGGUGUACAAAACUGAAUGUAAAAGACACAAAAACAAAACUUAGAUCUAUCGCUUUUUAGACUUGCUUUCAAUGAGAAUGACAGAUCUGUAGCAUGUACGCUGGGAGUCAGAAAGCAAGUGCAGGUGAUGAGUUUAAUAAUAAACAGACCAUUUGCCACAAGUCACGUAUAGACAUGACAUAGUCAAAUACUGCCUGGGGACUGGAACUAAGGGAGUGACAGAUAUAGGGGAGGUAAUCAGUGAAGUGAUGGAGUCCAGGUGUGCCUAAUGAUGAAGCGCAGGUGUGCGUGAUGAUGAAUGCCAGGUGUGCAUAAUGAUGAAUGCCAGGUGCGCGUAAUGAUGAAUGCCAGGUGUGCGUAACGAUGAAUGCCAGAGGUUGUAAUCUGAAUAUAGGGGAAAAAGCCAUUUCUAAACACGGCAUGAGCCAUUCUUACUAAUCCGUUAGAAAACCAGUUAGGAUUUAAGUACAACUUUUGUAUUACUGAAUCCUUAAGUGAGAGGGGUCAAUGAUUUCUUAUUUAAUAAUUUCAGCCCUCCGAAAUAAUAUUCAUUAUAUAAAUUGUCUCGUUUAAUUUUUGGCUGUUCCAAAUCAAAUGUAAUAUUUUUUGUUCAUAUAUUUUAAAAACAAGUUGUUUGGUAUAGUCCGGGCCAUAAGUACAUAGGUAAACUGGGAUAUGACUAAAGCAUUAAUCAGGGUGAUUUUUCAACAAAUAGACAGGUGUUUACCUUUCCAUGGUAGCAAGAUCCUAUCUAUUUUUGAUAACUUUCUGUAAAAAUGUAAAACCUUAGUAUUCUUUGUUUUCUUUAUUAUUUUGGUUAGGUCAGGGUGUGACAUGGGUGAUAUGUGUGUUUUUGUCUCAUCUAGGGUUUUUGUACUGUCUAGGGCUUUUGUAGAUUUGUGGGGUUGUUUCCAUCUAGGUGUUUAUGUAGGUCUAUGGUUGCCUAGAUUGGUUCUCAAUUAGAGGCUGGUGUUUAUCUUUGUCUCUGAUUGGGAACCAUAUUUAGGCAGCCAUCUUCUUUGGAUAUUUUGUGUUAUUUCGGGUUAUUUUCUAUGUGUAGUUGCCUGUGUCAGCACUCUUUAGCGUAGCAUCACGGUUGUUUUUGUUUAAGUGUUAUGUGUUUUUCGUCAUUCAAUAAAAGAAUGGAUUCACACAA